AUGACUACUAAAGAAAGUCUUCCAAAUAGUUCCGAAAAUGUAGGAAAAGCAAAGUGGGAUGAUUUUAGUACCAAAGUGUUACUUGAAAAUUGUAUAAAUGAGAUUCGUAAAUGUGGAAAACCAGGAAUUGCUUUUAGAAAUAAAAAAUGGGAAGAAAUACGUGAAGAAUACAAUAAACGUACUAAUAAAAACUAUACCCAAAAACAGUUGAAGAAUAGGUUGGAUAGUUUGAGAACUGAUUGCACUACAUGGAAACAAUUAUUGGGUAAAGAAACUGGUUUAGGAUGGAAUCCUCAUACAGGAAAAAUUGAUACUGAUCCUACAUGGUGGGAUGCUAAGGUAAGGGUUAGUAAUGUGAAAUAUGCUAAGUUUCGUUAUCAAGGUUUGGAAUUUCGUGAUGAAUUGGAAUUUAUAUUUGGGGAGAUAGUGGCAACUAGUCAAUGUGCUUGGACGCCAGCUAUGGGCGUACCAUUAGAAUCUUCAAACCAAAAUACUACUACAGAUGUGGCACACGAAAUUAUUGAUUCUGAUGAUGAAUUUAAUAUUGAUGAAUUAAGCCCUGUGAGAAACACCCAAUCAAAAAAUAAAAGAAAAAUUUCACCAAACAUGGGUGAAAGAUCAACAAAGGGUAAGGCAAAGGUUGGAACUGCGCCAACAAUGAGGAAAACAUUAGAAAGAUUAGUUCAAGCAGCGGAAGGUCAUAAUGAAGUUGAAAAGGCUGAAAUUGCUGCAACAUCUCAUAUUAAUGGGCAAUAUUCUAUUCCAACUUGUGUUGAAAUAUUAAAGAGUGCAAAGGAAAAAGGACUUUUGAAUGGUCAACAAUUUAGUUAUGUUUUAGAGAUGCUUAAGGAUGAACAAAAUAGAGUCCUAAUAAUAUCUUUAAAAAAUUCUAUUAGCGAUUUGAUAGAGUGGAUUAUAUACAAGUAUGAGUGA